UGACACAACCUGCGUGCGCAGCAAACAAGCAGGGUUGCCCUUCAAUAAAGCCUGAGCUAACCAGGUAGCCUUCACUCCAGAUCACUCUUGGCGUACCUGGAGGAACAGUAACACCACGUUUAAAGCAAAACUACACCGCUGUGGACCAUGGCGGCAAGGAUCUUACCCGUAGUGAAACUGGCCACCAAGGUGACCAUUGCAGGAGGAGCUCUGUACAUCGCCUGUGACUCUGGGCUGCUGGGCAGCAGUGAGCAGGGCUCUGAAGCCCUGAAGAAGGCCAAGGCUGCCAUACCCCCCGCCAUAGAGGAGUGGAUGAAGUACUUUGGCCUGGAGGCUCAACUUCCGACCAUGCCUAAGGUUGAAUUUUCACCCGUUCAGGCGUGGAACUCUGGGGUGCGGCAGUCAAUUACAGCUCUUUCGGAGGCUCCAACAAAUGCAACUAGAUACACAAAUCAGGGUUUGCAGUACCUGAAAGACCUCAGCAAGUGACCAGGAACUCUCCGGACAACCUGGCAUUUAUCAAUCGUUUUGAGUUUUGCACUUAAGAAUUGACAUUACUUCUUCAAAAGUUGUUUUCUCCCCCCAAGAAAGAAGAAACACCCCAACAUGAAAGAAAACAGUUGGACAAAAAUAAGUUGUGUAAUUCAGCUGCAUGGAGUGCAGUCUCAAUGGCAUUGUAUUGUACAUAAUGCUAGGAAGCUAAAUGUAUUUUUAAAAAAAAAAACGUUCUUUCAUUUGUGUAUACCCCCAUAUUUAAUUUUUCUCAGUAAUGUCUAAUAUACAGUAUUUCAUUCCCCUUUGUUCUCAAACCACCCAAAUAUUGUUUUGAAGAGAAUGCCUGUUGUGUGUGUAUAUAUGCAGUUUCACCAUUGGUGACUAAAUACAUCCAUCUUACAACGCGUCC